GGAAGUGGGUCGGGGGGCUUGGCCUCGGCCGGGCCAAGGAGCCGGCACAGACAGUGGUAGCUGCUGGGGUCCCGUCAGGCGAGCCUGUCCGGUGGCGGAGCCCGGAUGCGGCCCGAGCCGGGGGCCCAGGAUGCUGAACGUCCCUUCCCAGGCUUUCCCGGCCCCCGGCUCCCAGCAGCGUGUCGCCUCCCAGGGGCGCAGCAAGGUACCUUUAAAACAAGGCAGGAGUCUUAUGGAUUGGAUCCGACUGACCAAGAGUGGAAAGGACUUAACAGGACUGAAGGGCGGGUUAAUUGAAGUAACUGAAGAGGAGCUUAAGAAGCACAACAAGAAAGACGACUGUUGGAUAUGCAUAAGAGGGUUUGUUUACAAUGUCAGCCCAUACAUGGAGUAUCAUCCUGGUGGGGAGGAUGAACUUAUGAGAGCCGCAGGAGCGGAUGGAACGGAUCUUUUUAAUGAGGUUCAUCGUUGGGUCAAUUAUGAAUCCAUGCUGAAAGAAUGCCUGGUUGGCAGGAUGGCUGUGAAGCCUGCUGUUCCAAAAGACUGUCAUGAAGGAAAGAGAGUCUUAAAUGGCAUGCUUCCCAAGAGCCAAGUGACAGACAUACUGCCCAGGGAAGGCCCUAGUUCUCCAAGCUAUGAUUGGUUCCAAACAGAGUCUUCAGUCACCAUUGUUAUAUACACCAAACAAAAGAAUAUCAGUUUAGACUCAGUAAUCGUUGACCUCCAGGAUAACUCCUUGAGAGCAGAAGCAGCCAUCAAGGAUCAUUCUUACCUUAUACAUAUUGGACUAAGCCAUGAAGUUCAAGAAAAUAUUUCUGUACGGGUUAUUGAAAAUGUUGGAAAAAUAGAGAUUGUCCUACAAAAGAAAGAAAAUGUUUCUUGGAAAUGUCUUGGCGAUCCCCUGGAGAAACAUGGUUCCUUUAUUCCAAAGAAAGAUGCAGGCUUAUACUACAGACGGUGCCAGUUAAUUUCCAAGGAAGAUGUUACUCAUGAUACAAGGCUUUUCUGUCUGAUGCUGCCUCCAAGUACUCACCUUCAGGUGCCAGUUGGGCAACAUGUUUACCUCAAGCUCAGUGUCACAGGUGCAGAAAUAGUUAAGCCAUAUACACCCGUGUCUGAUUCCUUACUCUCAGAUUUUAAAGAACCAGUUCUUUCCCCAAAUAAAUACAUCUACUUUUUGAUCAAAAUCUAUCCUGCUGGACUCCUCACACCAGAGCUUGAUCGUCUUCAGAUUGGAGAUUUUAUUUCUGUAAGUGGUCCUGAGGGCAGUUUUAAAGUAUCCAAACUCCAGGAAGUAGAAGAUCUUUUUUUAUUGGCAGCGGGAACAGGCUUCACACCAAUGGUUACUGUACUGAAUUAUGCUUUAACUCACAUAGCCUGUCUCAGGAAGGUGAAGUUGAUGUUCUUCAAUAAAACAGAGGACGAUAUAAUUUGGAGAUGUCAGCUAGAGAAAUUGGCAUUAAAAGAUAAAAGAUUUCAUGUUGAAUUUGUUCUCUCGGCACCUUCUCCAGAAUGGAACGGCAAACGGGGACAGGUGUCACGAGCUCUUCUCUCCGAAUUUUUGCAAAGAAGUUUAGAAAACUCUAGGGUCUUCUUUUGCAUCUGUGGACCAACACCAUUUACAGAUGAGGGGAUAAGGUUGCUGCAUGAUCUUAACUUUUCUGAUGAUGAGAUUCACGGUUUUACAGCAUAAGAAAAAGCUGCCAUUGUCUUUUAUUGAACUAGUUUAUAUUUGUGAUUGCCUAGGAUUUUUUAAAAGAAUUUUUGUAUGUGUAGAAGGUUAAUCAGAAUCCAGGCUUUCUCAAGUGAAGUCAUGUGUCUCAGUGCAAGUAACUUCUUGGUUUAGUUUUGUACCAUGACUUAUUUUACUGCGGACGCCUGACCUGGACGGUCAAUCAUGGCAGCAGGUACAUACAAGAGCCUUUGUUUUGAACUGCAAGUUUUCUGACCACUGAAAUAGUAUCACUGCUCUGCAGUCAACACUUGUAUUUUAUGACAUAAUAAACAAAGCAAUCAUUUUGGUUACUUUUUAUGCUGCAAGAUAUCUUCUGAGCAAUACAGAUUAAAUUUUACACUGCACUGUUCACUCAGGAAUUGAUGCUGUAUGUCCUUAUUAGUCUUAAAACAUGGAAUGCUGUAACUGCUGGUGGUCCAGUUUUGUGGGUGUCUAUGGUGUUGAUAUAGAUUGAAUAAAACUGUACUUCCAUACUUUUUACUCCAUGUGGUAGACAUGUUGCUGAAGAUAACAAAUACAGUGGUUGUCUUAAAAGGAAUUUUAUUUAUGUGCUAAUUACAUUUUGAAUCUCACUUUAUAACUUUGGUUGAAUUGAAAUUAGCUAUGUAUGACAGGCUGGCCUAAAACUCCUGGUUCUGCUUCCUGGUGCUGGGAUUACUGGUGUGUGCUACCAUACCUGAGCUUAGAGGAAAUUUUAAAGACAACAGUAGUUCAGUUACUAAUCCCCAGAGGGUGGAAGAAGAGAACUGACUCUGCAAGAUAGUCUCAGUGUGCACACUGUUGGCAGUGCACAAAUACACAAACACAGACACUAAAGAAAUUUAAUCUCUUAAAAUUUUUAAGAUACCAAUGAAAAAUAUUAGACAUUCUUCACACUUGUAGUUUGGGACUAGGUGUGUUUAAAGAGCUUUACAAGAACACUAACAACUCUCAUCCCAGACCAAAGGUAUUAGCAAAGAUUGAAGUUUGGCAUCCAGUGGCCUGAGAUAAUUAAUCCUUCUGCAGACCUUUCCACACCAGCUGGAAAAGAAGAACACUCUGUCCUGAAGGUUUCUUUCCAGACUGGCUGCUUCCCCAGCAGCUGGCAGAUCAGUGGGAAGCUCUGGCGCAGGCAGCCUUCAAAUCCCUUUAAACCUAGAAUUCUGCAGAGCUAUCAAGAGCUUUUCUGAAGGGGAUGUUAAUUGCAUAGGUUGCUGGAGCACUCACCAGAUUACUCUAUCCUGAUCCAUCCAGCAGCAGUGUUUCACAGACAGAGUGGAGAGGAGUCCCUGGUUUUUCAUGAAUAGUUUUGUAACUAGCUACCAUGUCUGAAUGAAUGGCCUGGCCCAACUAACAAUGGUGCAGCAUUAGCACAUCCCAAAGGGCCAGUAGCUUCUGAAGCCUCUGCUGGCAAAUGGCUGGUUGAACACCCAGUAUUCCUGUGUCUCCUUUUUCUGAGGUAGGAAUCCAGCGCCCAGCUGUAGCCCUGCUGCUCAUAGGGAUUUCAGCUACAUGCUCCCCCACCAUCUUUUUCCGCUGGGAGGAGGUGUGUCUUUUUAAUUAUUUUCAGUAGUCCAUUGGUAAUAUGUUGAUUAACUUACAUGAAUCGCUUUAUUUUUCAUGUUUUUAAGCUUUUUUCUUUCUCCUCCAAUCCUGUUCCAGUUACUUCCAGCAAACAGUUUCCCUCUGUUCUUAUAUCUCUUCUUUGCCCCUCCCCUGUAUUUGAGAGCGAAAGACAACCCAGCAGCACCUUUGGACAAUCUCUAUGCACAUAUUAGUUUAUAUCUUGGAUCCCAAGUUGCAAUCUAAUUUGAGAAUCAGAUUUUGAUAACUAGUAUAGAUUUUUGCCUGCUGUUGAUUGGAUAAUUUGUUCUUUAGGUGCUUUUUUAAAAAAAAUUAUAUUCUAUAUGUUCACUGUUGUGUUUUAUAAACAUACAAGGGAGAAGGAAUAUGUUUGGUGGAUGUAUAGUCAGAUGUGGGGGAAGUGUUUAUUCAUAAAGCCAAAUGGUGGAAACAACCCAAAUAUUCAUCUGUGGAUGUAUUGAUAAAAAGAUAACGUAUGUAUAAUGAAGCAUAUUUAGCCGUAAAAAGGAAUGAAAUAUUAGAUGAGCCCUAAAACAUGCUGAGUACAGGGUGAAAAAAACAAACAGCUUUUACAACUUGCCUCUUUUAUGAUUCUUUAUAUGAAACUCUAGGAAGGCCUAUUUGUAGAGAUGGAAGGGAAUUAUACCUGUUAUAGAGUACAAGAGAGGAAGAUGAAAGGUAGCAGGUUGUUUUGGUUUUGAUGCAAGUUUUCUAACGUUGACAUAUUUGUGAUAUGUGCUCAAAUCUAAGUAGACAAAUUGUAUAGUAAGGGGCUAUAUCUCAAAAAGGAAUGUUUUUAAUAGACUAAACUAAAAAGAAAAUAUGAAUAAACAAAACUUAAGCUUUCUUAAAGAGAAAAUGAAGAAAGUCCAUUAAGAUCUAAAGAUCAAAGAAGUAAACACUGAAGACAAUAAAGAGUGUCUGCCAGAGAGUGUCAAUCAUCAAAUCAUCAUUUAAAGACAAUAAAUACUAAAAACAAUAUACUGCAAGAAAAAACUUCCUUAAAUUCCCAACCAAAACACUGAAGUGAAUGUUGAAGGAGCAACUCCAUGGUAACUUCAGUAGAAUGAGAAACCUGGAAAGGCUUUACUCAGCGAGGGAAAAGAAACUAACCUAAAGCUCAUGACUUGAGGCAAAAGAAACAGGCUCAUCAUCACCAGCUUUUCAGUGGCUGGAGCUCUGUGGAAGAGCACUCACCUAGCAUGAACAAGGCAUUGCUUGGGUUCCAUCCCCAGCACCGCACACUCACAAGAGAAGACAGCAUCAGAAAACAGUUUUUGAAAAAAGGAAAUGUACCCUUCAGAACCACAGGAAAACACUUUUCUCUGGAAAAGCUGAAGCGAGAGAAACAUGAAUUAAUAAUCCUGUUUCCAGAAGCCUCCCUGUAUCUAUAGCUACAAAUGGACAGGAUUAGAUACAGGUUGUGGGUGCAUUAACCCUGUGGGACUGAGACUAGACAGGGGUUAAAGAGGAGACGACUCCAGGCAUGGGAGGGUAAGCUAACAAACAUGAGAGCAUGGAGUUAGGAUGUAGCUCUGUUGGUUGAAUGCCAUCCUAGCAGAGAUGGGGCCUGGGUUCUAUCCUCAGCACCAUAGAAACUGUACGCAUGGGGACACACACCUGUUGUCUCAGCACGUAAGAGACAUUCUUUACUCCACAGAGAGCUCAAGGCCUGUCUGGGCUAGACAUCUCAUUCAGUCAAAUAAGGAAGGAAUAAUGCUUUUAAAAAGAAACUGUCGGCUAUCCCUGUGGUAGUUGUUUUGUGAUUUUAAGCAUGUGGAAUGAAGUAAAUUGGGUUUUUAAAAUAUCUUUUAGUCUCUGCCUCUAUUUCCCUUAAUACCUUUGUAUUGAAGUACUUUAAACCUAAUUCUGCCCAUCAAAUUAUUGUUCAACUUUUGAGAGUUUUUAUUAAAAAUCUGAGAAGACUGUAA